AGAAGUUUCAGCUGUGAGUCAAGCCAAGCGGCAGGGUCAGAGCAGACACACGCUCGCAGUAGGUGAGGUGGAGCAAACGUUUUUUUCUAUUUUACAAAUUCUUCUCAGAACUUCCUUCAAUCUGUAGAUGUUUUGUUUUUUUGAACUGUUCAGUCUGACGGAAAAAAAAUUCUCAAAUUCUUUGAUUUUCUUUGCACCGGCCCCUGUUGACUUUUUUACUCAAGCCGCUGAACAGAUUGAACAUUUGCAGUCAACAACUGUGACGGCCACAUUGUUUUUCGGGGAUCCUGAGCCGCCACCACCCCAACCCCAGCCUUGAAUUUACAAAAAGACCUCGCCGUGAUGGAGACGGAGCAAACGUCUGGAAGUUGUCCUGCCCCGGGCCAAGCGGCUGUCAGGACAUGGCUCUCCUCCAGUACAAGAGGAGCCACCAGGUCGCCCAGCGACACCGCAUCCCGUUUCCAGGGAGAAGGGGUUCGAUACAAAGCAAAGGUCAUCGGUGUGGACCCAGUAGCCGACUCGCAGGGGGACAAGAUGUGCUGGGACACCAUGAUGAAACUAAAGGGGUUCGAGGCAGCAGCAAGGAAACAGGGGAAACACAAGCAGAGAGUUUGGCUCAAAGUUUUCUCCAGUGGCCUGAAAAUCUUGGAUGAGAGGACCGGGGCUGUUCUCCAUGACCACGAGAGGAGCCGGAUCAGCUCUUUGACAAAAGACCAGUCAGACCCCAGAGCUCUGGCCUACAUCUACCAACAUCAGGACACCUACAGCCUCUUCUACAUCAAGAUGGCCAACCUGGCAGAUCCAGUCCUGGCUGACAUCAAGGAGGUCUGUCAGUGUGUGGACCAGGAGACACCACCGGAACCCACAGAGACGCCGACACAAACGAGCUCCUUACUGCUUCUGAAUGAUGAUUCUGACUCUGAGAAACCAUUGUUUGAGGGUGUGUUCAGUCCACGACCAGACUCUUCACCAGGACAACCGAACCAGGUCGCUCUCAGUAAUGAGCUGAUGGAAGUUUUCUCCGUCCAGAUGGAGGAGCCGCUGUCGCCCACCCAGAGCUCCUGCACCAGUCAGCCAGAUUCUCCACAGUCGAAUCUCUCCACCUCUCAGAUCCUCUCCAUGUUCCCCACACAGCCACUAGGGGGCUCCCCGUACUCCUCUCCCCCGUACUCUCCAACUGCAAUGACCCAGGGUCAGAAGGGGCCACCGGGGAACCAGUGGUCAGGUCUGGCGGUGGCUGUGGCGCCCUGGCCAACCGUGUCCGGAGGCUUGGCGGCGUGGGCACCGCCAGGUGUCGCAGCGCCCUCUGCAGGCAGCCAGUAUGAGGCUGGUGGCAUGGUGACCUCUCAGCCUGGGGUCAUGUGGGGAGGAAAUACACCUGCUUCACCCACCACUCUCAACAGGUUCCCUACUACACCUGUACCCUCCUUCUUUGCCCCGACUGGAGCCACAGGAGCAGCGCAGUCAGCACCACCCAGUUUGGACCACAAUCUCCUCCUGUGAUCUACUCCACACCAAGGUCACGGCUUUACUUUACAUACAGACAGAAAUUGGACCAUGUUCCAUUACAGUUCGAAACAAUCUGAUUCUGCAAUUCAACUUGGAAAUUAUUAGUUUGUAAUAAUGAGAUGUCAUGCUGUGUUCUCAUGGAGAUGUGAAUCUCUGAACGUAUACAAUUCUUAUUUUAUUUAACUGUUAUUGGAAGUGAAAAAGCCUUAUAGUCAAGUAUCUAUAACCCAGUCCAGUUGGCCCUGAUUCACAUUUUCCUGAUUAACUGUGAUGAUUUUGCACGUGACUGCAUUCAAUUUAUGGCCAUUUUUUUUUCUUUCUACAUUUCUAUUGUCAUCAUUAUUACUAGCCUUAGCUUAUUCAUAGAUGUAGAACAAAAUAUACAGUAAACAGCUGCUCCUAAAACCACAAUAUGUUCCCCUUAAAUGUUUUAUUUUUGCAAUUAUUUGUUCCCUUUAUUUGAGUGAAUAAUCAAAUAUUUGUUUUUACAUUCAAGAAAAAUUGAAGAUUAAAAGAAAUAAAGAUAGUCAGAGGUAAAGUGCAAGGUUUCCAUGACAUGUGCUGACUGUUUAAACUAGACAGUGACAAUGUUUUCAUACAGCUGGGUCUCAUGUAAUGAGGUGAUGGUUGAAAUUGAAAAUUGUACAGUGGAAAGGCUGAUAAUCAUUUUUCAUUUAUCCUGCAGUUUAAUAUUUUAUAUAUUAUAUUUUUAUCUGACACACGAAAAUGAUAAUGAAGGUAUCUUUAUUUGGUUUUUCUAUGUCAAAUUUUCUUCUUCAGUCUUCAGUUUUGCUCACAUACAGUACUGGGUUUUUUGCUUGUUUGUUUAUUUUUGGGGUGGGGGUUCGUAUCCAGAUUAUGACUAUUAAAUUUGUGAUAUUAGGCUUUAUAAUCAAAAUAGACUUGACUUGACAUGUAGAGGCAAAAUAAAAUACAGAACGUUUA